AUGAACGCAGAUACGUGCGUCUCAUACUGCGAUAUGACCUCCAUGGAUUCAUAUUAUUCGCCAACAUCAGGGCAAGGAAGAGUCCAACAGGCCAGUCCUUACAGGACGUUCCAGCCGAGCGACUCCAAAUACAGUCCCACUUUCCUCCCCGCCAAAGGUCAAUCUUACGGGGACAAGCCGCGGAGUCCUUUCCACCCAGAUUGUCCGUCACUGGAUGAUAGCACACCCGAGAGCGCCUACAGCAAGUACCAUCUUUUCAUGCAGAGACCCACAUGUAAAACUCCUACUGAAGACAGCAAACUGGAGGACGGCGCGCUCAUCUCAUGCUAUGGUGUGGUUUCAGAAUCGCCGGGCAAAUGGAGAAAAAGAGAACGCUUUGGUCAGAUGCAGCAGGUUCGGACACACUUCUCAACAGCAUACGAGCUUCCUCUCCUUACACGACCAGAAAAUUAUGCACAGAUUCAGAACCCAUCAUGGUUAAGUGGCAGCAAUGCAGCCUCACCAGUACCUGGCUGUGUGGUACCUUGUGAUACUGUAGCUUCCUGCAUGACCCCUCACCCUCACUCUGCUAGUGGUAUGUCUGAUUUCCUUGGUAUGCCAAGUCCAGGUGGGAACAUGGGACAGACACACAUGGGCAGUCUUUUUGGCAACUCUGGAGUGGGUGGAACCAUUAAUGGAUUUGAUCUCAGCAUCGAACCAGAUCGCAAAUCCUCCAGCAUCGCCAGCCUGCGUAUGAAAGCAAAGGAGCACAGUGCUGCAAUCACAUGGGCCACAUGAUGCCUUCAUCUGGGACACAGAAGACCAGACAACCUCAGCCCUAAGCUGUCAGCACUAAUGAGGUGAACGUUUAUGCCAUCUGGAGCCAAUAUGAACAUGAGAAAUGGAGGCUAGAAGCUUUAAAACAUUUGUAGGAGAUUUAAUAUUGA